GAAAAAAAAAAGAAAAAAACCAAGUGAACCGCUGAACAGCUUGUAGCUACGAGAUGAUGCUUCAGCCCAACGUUACCACCGAAUAAGCGCACACAGCUUCACUCGCUAAACUUCAUGACUGAGUAGAAAUGUUAAACGUAACUGGAUCAAAUGGUUGAUGACACUGAACAGCCAUGGGUGACAUGAAAACCCCAGAUUUUGAUGAUCUUCUAGCUGCCUUUGACAUCCCAGAUGCCACAGGGCUGGAUGCCAAAGAGCCCCCGCAGGGUGAGGAGACCGGAGAGGGUCAGCUGAAACACACAGGAGUCUGCCUGGAUGACAGCUUAUUGAGUAACAAGGCGACUGCAGAUGUGCCCGCUGUAAGUGUUAUUGUGAAAAACACAAGUCGGCACGAGACGUUGGAAGGUCUUGGACCGGCGUUGCAAAAUGGAUUCAGGGUUCAAGAGCCCCCCGUUGACGCAGCCGACGCCGGCUUGUCCAAAAAAAUGGUCUCGGCUUUGAACGGGGAGAGUUCAAGGGAGCUUCUCGGGAAGGCUCCUGUUCAGCACAAACCAGGUGGAACGCCGCUGUUUUCACAAUCGCUCUCUCAUACGAGUCCAAUCUCCAGUUCCGAGUCUGAAGAUGCCCAGUGGAGUCGAGAGCGAACACCGAAACAGAAGGAACCCUGUUUCCCGGAAGCUUCUGUUCUGGUGGACCCUUUCGCUGAAGACGAUGCAAGAAAUGUGGACCGUACCGUGUUUGAUGAAUGCUCCUCGGGUUUUUCCAAGAACAAUGAGAGGCAAGCAGUGCAAAGUAAUGGAAGCAAGGAGCACUUAGGCAUCUUAGCCAGUAACAAAACAGAUAGAACUCCCAGAAGACACAGUGCUCUUCCUCCACCAAGUCUUAGCAAGAACUUUAUUGGUACCGACUGCGAUUCAGCAACAACGAAAGAUGUUCCUGCUGCUUGUCCUCUCGGCAAUUCUCAGACAUCUAAACUAAACUCUUGCCUUGAGGCUCUCGUGGCUCUGAAUGCUAGAACAGAUCCCAGAGAGUCGUCAGUCAAUCAGAAUGAAUGCAUGAAAGUAAGCUUGAACUUGCCCAUAUCCCCAAAAAGCCCCAGAAGUCCAGUUGAAGCUGUGAAACGGUUAGUUAAACCCUCUGAUAGUCCUGUAAGCAUCUGGAGCGACAGUAGUAGCAAGGCCUCCCCUGCAGUGACAUCUGGGUUACCUGCCGCCAUACCUAGGGUCAGAAUCAAGACCAUCAAAACCAAGUCUGGACAGAUCAAGCGCACAGUGACCAGUGUGCUGCCUGAUUCAGAAACGGAUGACAUUCAUUCUGCAUAUGAAUCCUCUCCAUCUCAAAGUAUGAUCAGCGACGAUUCUUACUGUAAUAUGUCUCCACAUCGGUCUCAAAGUGCAGCAGGUGAAAGCGUCGUUGGAAUACAGACUAAAAGUGUCCCGGCUAGUGCAUCGUCACAGAAAGUUUUACACAACAGAUCAGAAGCAAACUCAAGUAAGACGGAGAAACCACAGUCUGCGACAACGCUCCAUAGUUUAAACGGUUCUGCCAAGCGUUCUGUUGCACAUCAUAAGCAGAAAAAAAAGAGAGAAUCGGCGACAAUAAGCCAAGCAACCGGUGCAAACUUCCUUCCCAAAGCCAUGCAUCUAGCUAGUCUGAACCUGGUCCCCCACAGUGUUGCUGCCACAGUUGCCGCCCGAUCCACCUCCCAUCAUCAAAGCAAACACGCACUGUCCUCGACGGUGUACAGCACUGUGCCACUGGUGCAUCAGGUCAAAACAGCUAACUCUUCACCUCGCACAUCUAUUCACAACACAGCAGCAGGAACCUUGAACAGACUGUUGAACAAUGCCAACCCCUUGCCUACAUAUGUUCCCAAUCUGAACCCCCCUCCAGACAGCAACAUAAACCUUCCACCACGCGGAUACUGCUGCCUCGAAUGCGGGGACUCGUUUGGGGUGGAGAGGAGUCUCGCGUAUCAUUACAGCAGGAGGAGUGUCCACAUUGAAGUAGCAUGUACCCACUGUGCCAAGACCAUGGUGUUCUUCAACAAGUGUGCCCUGUUGGCGCACGCACGGGAGCACAAGAAGAACGGCAUGGUGAUGCAGUGCACUCAGCUUCAUAUGAAACCCAUAGCAGAGGAGCAAAUGUUUUUAGCCCUGACUGCUGAACAUGUGAAUGUGGACUCUUACCCCUCUCGGUCAUCCUCACUCAAAAGUCAACCUGUCCUGCCCCUGUAUCCAGACAAUGUCAUUCACCAUCAGCUCAGUUGCCUGGAGUGUAACAAGCAGUUAAUAGACUACAAAGCACUCGCAGGCCAUUACCAGAGGCCGUCAGACGACAUGGAAGGACUAAUGUGUCAGGUGUGCUUGAUGCUGUUACCUAACAAAUGCAGCUUCAAAGCUCACGAACGCAUCCAUUCACACAAGCCUCCAUAUAGCUGUCCUGAGUGUGGUGCCACGAGUCUUUCUGCAGACAUACAGAAACAUGUUAAGGAAAACUGUCUCCACUACGCACGCAAGGCCUGGUACAAAUGUCUUCACUGUGAUAUGGUUUUUAAAACCCUGCAAGGACAAAAGACUCACAUUGGAAAACACUGUGAAGUCUUAUACAAGUGCUCCAUCUGUCCAAUUGCCUUCAAGACCCCCGACAGCUGUGAAGUGCAUUUAAACAUUAAACACAAUGCUGGCAAAGUAUCCCCGCAGUUAAUCUUCAAGUGUUCAUGCGAGACCAUUUUCAAGAAAAAGCCGUUACUGUUUCAGCAUUUUCAUCAGAAUGCCAACAAGCGAGUUACAUGUGUUUUCAAGUGUCCAGAAUGCAACUCUGUCUUUCCACAUAAACAGAUGUUAAUGCAGCACUUCAAGGGUGUUCAUGUAGGACACAUGAGAGAAGCAGAAAAGCCCAGUAUUGAAAAUGGCAAAGCUGACAGGCACCAGAAAUCCCAUUCAGUGCAACAACACAAGAGUCCCAUUAAACAUAAAGAUAGUCCAAGAAAAAAGGCUGACCAGGAGCGCAGGCCGCGUGCAAAACCUACCGGCUGGACGUGUGGGGAGUGUCUCCAGUUUUUCCCUGAAAGAGAUGCAUUUGUUUCUCACAUGAAGAUCAACCAUGGAAAGUCAAUGAAGAAGUACCCAUGUCGACAUUGUGAGCGGUCUUUUAACGCUGCGAUCAGUCUGAGACGACAUAUUCGCAUUGACCAUGAUGGAAAAAAGAAAAGUUACACUUGCUGGUAUUGCACUGACAGCAAGACAAUAUUCACAACAAGUGUUACGUUGAAGAACCACAUCAGUCUAAUGCACGGAAUCAAAAAUCCUGAUCUCAGCCAAAUGCCAAAAACAGCCACCCUGGAGUCAAAAAAGGCUGUAAGAAAGGAGCCUGUGUCAGAUAGACCUGCCGUGGACACACAGGAGAAGCAGCAGGAUCACACUUCCAGUAUUGAGGCUCCUUCAGCGAAGCGGCUGAAAACCAAUUUCCGCUGUUCAAAGUGUGGUUUCACCACAGAUGAUAACACAAAGUUCCUGCAGCACAUACCGCAGCAUAAAACGGAUGAAAACACUCCUCAGUGCCUGCACUGUGGCCUGUGUUUCACAUCUGUGCUGUCUCUUAACAGACACCUUUUCAUUGUACACAAAGUAAAGGAUCCUGCGAAAGAGGGAAGAGGAGGAGGAGGAGGAGAGUCGUCUUCAGCGGUUAGAAAGAAGAAGCAGGAGAGUCAGCCAGUCAGAUAUGCAGUGACUGAUGAGGAGAAAGCCUCGAUACCCACGCUUAAUGAUCAUGAGCCCUCGCGGGGGAAAGAGCCAGCAGCUCUGCGAUGCGACAGGACAGUCGACAUAAAUUUAAAACUGAGGAACGUCUCUCAGAAACAAGCAGUGGUUCUGAACACCUCUUUAAAGCUGCUCUGAUGUCGUCUGUGAAAGUAACAGAAAGUUUGAUAUUCUGCAUGGAGGUGGUACAAAGUGUUUGGGCUCUUAAUUUAAAUGUUACUCUCGUUCAGAGCCUGUGCAGUAUUUUAAAAAAAAUGAUAGCAUAAGGUAAAAGUACAGUAUUUUCAUAGAUUUAUAUUGCUCUUUUAAUUAUUUUUUAUUUAACAUUGCAUGUUGGUAAUAUAUUAAUCUUGCCUUCCAGUCAAACUGCGCACACUUUAUAGCGAAGCCUUUUAUUUCUAUUUCUUUUUUCCCUCCGAUUGUUGCAUCCAGCCUGACAGGUGACUCAGGAAUGUCAGUAUAAGUAGGUCUAGCUUUGAAUAAUCCAUGGAACAGUGAAGUAUACAGGAUUAUAGUCUGUUAUCAAUAGUAAUGUCAAUUUCUUGCAUUUAGUCAGAAGUAUUUCAUGCAACACGCAAUAACCUUGAUGGUAUUCAGCUUGCAGCUUCUAUCACAUGACUGUGUUGCAUUUAAUUUACAGUACACACCUAGACAUUUAGUUGACAUUUAUAGCAAGCAUAUCUUAAUUCAGUAAUACCUUAAAAGCCUUAUUUCUGCCAUCUUUGGUAUACUGACUUUCUUUUUGAUGUAUUUUAGCAUUCUGAAAUGCUUUUUUUGUUUUCAUGUUUAUUGAACAUGUUUGGUGCAAGGUCGUUCCCCCCCUAAGUGUUCAGGGGAAACAUUGAGAGGUAUAGGGUGCUUGGUGCAGCAGUGUUGAAAAUACCUCAAAUUGCCAGGAGUGUAUUUUUUACAGGCAGGUGAGCCGUCGGUGUUCUGUCAAAUCAGGGUAUAUUGUUUUGGGUGAUGCAGAGCGGGUUGGAAAGUGAAGUUGGACAGAGAUCAUGUUUUAUGAAUCAGGACCUGUUAACAUGAAGCUGCUUAUUUCUUUUUUUUAUAAUAGUAAUAAUAAUUAUUAUUAAUCUAGUAGGAAUCAACUCAGAGGAAAAACCUUUCAUAAUGGUGGAUACUUGAUGUGUGCAGGUCCUGAUUUGUAAAGCAGCACCUCUUUGUUUUAUGUUUAAUACGUGACAGUUCCUACCUCCAAGGGCAAAGGCAGUGAUUGUUCAAAAGGAAAGUGUUUGAGGAGUUGCCGGUUAUCUAAGUGCAAUGUAAAAAUGAGUUUAUAAAAUGUGUAUUAUCCCACAUUAUUGAAUUUUAUAAAUUAUUUUGUGAAGGAUAUGAGGCUAUAGGGUCAUAUUGACUUUUUUAUUCAAGUGCUAGACGAGCCUCUCUGUUUCUGUGUUCUGUAAAGUCCUGUUGUCUCCCCUCACAGAUGCUGACAAGAAUGACUUGUUCAAGACUUGUUACUUUGUAAUGCUCGUUGAAAGGUAUUUGUACUUUUGAUACUGUGUACAGUGAGGACUUGUUUAGGAAAGAAACCCAUGUACGUACAGUAGCCAAUGAACCCUGGAUUAACAGCAUUUCUUAAAGCCAUUACAUCUAUUCAGCUUGCAGUGGCCCAUGUGCCUUGCUGUAAUGUUUACAUGAAGUACUUCAAAUUAAAUUGGUGCAUUUAAUAUAA